UUACAAAGCAUAAAGUAUCCACUCAAUAUUUGGUUUCUAAACUUACACCUUUAUAGAAGUGGCGUUUGAAUUUUUUUUGUUGUUCAUUGAAAGGAUUGCACAAUAGUCACUCUUGCAGAUAAAGUCUCCCGGUUUUUAAAUUGAAGGUGAAGUCAUUCUAAUUCAAGUAUAAAGUGUAUAACGGAUUUUUAUUUUAUCUCCGCAAGAUUCUUUCAUUCAAAAAAAGUUUGGAUCAUAUCCUAGAAUCUUCUAUAUAGUAGGUAAUAGUGACAAAGGGAAAGAGGGAUGCCAAAGAGAAAGAGUACCUCCGACGAGUCGUUCAACGACUUGUUGCAACCUACUUACAAGGGUAAAUCACUCACUGAUCAGAUCAGUACUAAAGAAGACAAAUGGAAUCUUCUUCCUGCCUUUCUUAAGGUGAAGGGGCUUGUUAAGCAACAUUUGGACUCAUUCAACUAUUUUGUGGAUGUUGAUUUGAAGAAGAUCAUUGCUGCUAAUGAGUUAGUUUUAUCUGAUGUGGAUCCAGAAUUUUAUCUUAAAUACUUGGAUAUUCGUGUUGGUCAUAAAUCUCAUUCAGCACCUGGAACGAAGGAAGUUAUUUUACCUCCUCAUGAGUGUAGAUUACGUGACUUGACUUACUCAGCACCAAUCUAUGUUGAUGUUGAAUAUACCAGAGGUCGUAAGAUUAUCAUGCACAAGGAUCUUGAAAUUGGUAGAAUGCCAAUCAUGUUAAGAUCAGCUAAAUGUAUUUUAGAUGGAUUGGAUGAACAUCAAAUGGCCAGUUAUGAUGAAUGUCCAGUUGAUCCAGGUGGAUACUUCAUUGUGAAUGGUACUGAAAAGGUCAUUUUGAUUCAAGAACAAUUGUCAAAGAAUAGAAUUAUUGUGGAAGCGGAUGAAAAGAAGGGAAUUGUUCAAGCAUCUGUUACAUCUUCUACUCAUGAAAGAAAAUCUAAAACAUACAUCAUUACUAAGAAUGACCGUAUUUACUUGAAGCAUAACUCCAUUAGUGAAGAUAUCCCUAUUGUUGUUAUUCUUAAGGCUGCAGGUAUCACUUCAGAUUUAGAAAUUUUACAAGUUGUUUGUGGUCAAGAUCCAUUCUAUCAAGAUCUUUUUGCAGUUAAUUUUGAAGAAGCAGCUAAAUUGGAAAUUUUCACUCAACAACAAGCUUUGAAUUAUGUUGGUAAGCGUGUUAAGACCAUUAGAAGAGCUGGUGCCCCUAAACUUUCUCAACUUCAAGAAGGUAUUGAAGCAAUUGCCACCACUAUUAUUGCUCAUUUAACUGUUUCCGAUUUACAAUUCAGAGAGAAGGCUCUUUACAUUGCUACCAUGGCCCGUCGUGUUCUUAUGACUAUGCAUAACCCAAAGAUGGUUGACGACAGAGAUUACGUUGGUAACAAGAGAUUGGAACUUGCCGGACAGCUUAUGUCUCUUUUGUUUGAAGAUUUAUUCAAAAAAUUCAACUCUGACUUCAAGGCAAAUAUCGAUAAAAUUCUUAAGAAACCAAGUAGAGCACUGGAGUUUGAUGCCCUUUUAUCGAUUAAUAUCCAUUCUAAUAAUAUCACCAUGGGUAUGAAUCGUGCCAUUUCUACAGGUAAUUGGUCCUUGAAACGUUUUAAGAUGGAAAGAGCCGGGGUAACCCACGUGUUAUCUCGGUUGUCGUACAUUUCUGCAUUGGGGAUGAUGACAAGAAUUUCAUCUCAAUUCGAAAAAUCCCGUAAGGUUUCUGGUCCAAGAGCUUUACAACCUUCUCAAUUUGGUAUGUUAUGUACCUCUGAUACACCAGAAGGUGAAGCCUGUGGUUUGGUUAAGAAUUUGGCCCUUAUGACACAUAUUACUACUGAUGAUGAAGAACUUCCAGUGAAAAAACUUUGUUAUGUGUUGGGAUGUGAAGAUAUCUUAGGAAUUGAUUCAGCUACUUUACAUUCACCAGGUAACUUUGGGAUUUACCUUAAUGGUACCCUUCUCGGUACUACCAGAUAUUCCACAAAGUUUGUUCAAAAUUUCCGUAACUUGAGACGUAGUGGUAAGAUGUCUGCAUUCGUAUCUAUCUACACAAACACUCAUCAAAAUGCUGUUCACAUUGCCACCGAUGGUGGUAGAAUUUGUCGUCCAUUGAUCAUUGUAAAUAAAAACAAAUCCAAGGUUACUCCUCAACAUUUAAAACAUCUUCUUUCUGGGGAAUGGGCAUUCGAUGAUUUCUUACGUCAUGGAUUAGUUGAAUAUUUGGAUGUCAACGAAGAAAAUGAUUCUUUGAUUGCCUUAUACGAUGAUGAUUUGAAGAACGAAAGCAAUGCCAACUUUGAGUUCACUCAUUUAGAAAUUGAACCUUUCACUGUGUUGGGGGCUGUUGCUGGUCUUAUUCCUUACCCUCAUCAUAACCAAUCCCCAAGAAACACUUAUCAAUGUGCUAUGGGUAAGCAAGCAAUUGGUGCAAUUGCUUACAAUCAAUUUCGUAGAAUUGAUACGUUGUUGUAUUUCAUGGUUUAUCCUCAACAACCUAUGGUCAAGACUAAAACUAUCGAAUUGAUUGAGUAUGAUAAAUUACCAGCUGGUCAAAAUGCGACAGUUGCUGUUAUGUCGUACUCCGGUUACGAUAUUGAAGAUGCUCUUGUAUUGAAUAAGUCAAGUAUAGAUAGAGGUUUUGGUAGAUGUCAAGUUGUUCGUAAGAAUACUGUUACAUUGAAGAGAUACCCUAACCAUACCAAGGAUAUUGUUUCCGGUAUGAGAGUUGAUGAAAGUGGUGAAGCUAUUUUCCCUCAUGCAUCAUUGGGACCUGAUGGUCUUGGUGAAGUGGGUAUGAGAGUGGAAAAUGGUCAAGUAUAUGUAAAUAAAUGUGUUCCUAAUAAUGCUGGGGAAUCAGUGUUGGGAGAUCAACAACAACAAAGCGCAGAGAGUCAUAGAGAAACCCCUUCAUAUUACAAGGGUCCUGAACCUGCUUAUGUUGAUCAAGUUAUGAUGUCUGUCAGUGAUAACGAUCAAGCUCUUAUCAAGGUUCUCUUGAGACAAACUAGAAGACCUGAAUUAGGUGAUAAAUUUUCAUCUAGACACGGUCAAAAGGGUGUUUGUGGUAUCAUUGUACAACAAGAAGAUUUACCAUUUAAUGAUGACGGUGUAGCACCAGACAUUAUUAUGAACCCGCACGGUUUCCCAUCUCGUAUGACGGUCGGUAAGAUGAUUGAAUUAAUUUCAGGGAAGGCAGGUGUGUUGAAUGGAAGUUUAGAGUAUGGAACUUGUUUUGGAGGAUCUAAGUUGGAAGAAAUGUCCAAGAUUCUUGUUGACAAGGGAUUCAGUUAUUCCGGAAAAGACAUGUUGUACUCGGGUAUCACUGGUGAAUGCCUCCAGGCAUACAUUUUCUUUGGACCUAUUUAUUAUCAAAAGUUGAAGCAUAUGGUCUUAGAUAAAAUGCACGCUAGAGCAAGAGGACCUAGAGCUGUUUUGACUAGACAACCUACCGAAGGUAGAUCUAGAGAUGGUGGUUUGAGAUUGGGAGAAAUGGAAAGAGAUUGUGUUAUUGCGUACGGUGCUUCGCAAUUACUUUUAGAAAGAUUAAUGAUUUCUUCAGAUGCAUUUGAAGUUGAUGUAUGUAAUUACUGUGGGUUGAUGGGUUAUAGCAGUUGGUGUACAACCUGUAAAUCGUCAGAGCAUGUCAUUAAGAUGACCAUUCCAUACGCUGCUAAGUUGUUAUUCCAGGAAUUAUUGUCCAUGAACAUUGCUCCUAGAUUGAAGUUGGGAGAUGUCUUUUAGGUAAAUAGAAAACAAAAUAUAUAUAUUUAAUGUAA